AUGGAUGUUGUUGCACUUACAUCUUCACAUUCAGACACAGAUGUUUACACUGCUGUGUAUAGUAGUGUCAAUGUGUUUGAGAUGACAGUUCAUGGUGUAGCUAUCAUGCGACGUCGAUCUGAUUCAUAUAUGAAUGCUACUCAAAUUCUCAAACUGGCUGGAAUUGACAAGGGUAAACGAACAAAGAUUCUCGACAGAGAAGUUCUUACAGGAGAGCAUGAAAAAGUGCAAGGAGGAUAUGGAAAAUAUCAAGGCACAUGGAUUCCUUGGGACAAAGGAAAGGAACUUGCUGAACGUUAUCAGGUCUUGGACUUCAUACUUCCGUUGGUUGAAUUU